CGAUUGCUCUCGACAAUAAAUUCGGAUGCGUUAAAGAUUUUGUGUUUACCUCGAUCUAAUCUUCGUCACGUUUCCACAGCAACCUUCGCCAUAUUGAUUGCCCAUGAGCCAUUAUGCGGCCUUAAUCUGAAAUCUGAAAUAAUGAAAAGCACGCAGCCGUUUUGGCAAUUAACGUACGUUACUGCUGGAUGGAGCAACACGGUUUUGGUAUGAACAAGGGAUCCGUGCCAAUUUAAGUAUCACAGACUCUGUCGCCGGUCCAUGAGGUCUCCGUUUUUGAAUUCUACCUAAAAUGUCAGCAGUGAAACUUUUUAACGAUUGGUUGUUCCAUUCGCUUUGAUAUAAUUAUCAGAUGGUUCAAUUUUAACACGUACAAAUCGAUCAGGACGCACGAUGAAGCUGAUUUGGCUGAAUGCAAUCGUGUGUGCGUGUUUUUACGCCGAGGCUUGCAAACCCGGCCAGCAGAGAUUCGGGGGUUCUUGCUAUCAACUCCUGAACGAGAGUAUGACGUGGGACCAGGGUGAUGCUGCCUGCUCGGAGAUGGGCGCUGUCUUGGCUGUUCCUGACUCCUUGGAGGAGCAUCAGUUCAUCUGGGAGAUGUUCACAGGGAUUGUUACAGUUGGGAAUCUUUGGAUCGGAUGUAAUGACAGGGAGGAGGAAGGCAAGUGGAUGAAGUCUAGUGAGGGAGGAGAAUGCAACUUCUUUGACUGGGCACCAGCAGAACCAAGUGGUGGAUAUAGUCAUAUAAAUUGUAUGCAUCUGUGGCGUUACGAAAACGGUCUCAUGGAUGACGAUGUCUGCUCGGUUCCCAGGUCCGUCAUCUGUGAGAGUCCCGCUCCGCUUGCCAUGCCCACGAUGUCCUGCCUGCAACGCUACACCGACACCCGCUCCUCAUCCCACUGCCUCACCGGUCACGUCAUGGAGGAGUUCUCGGCCAAGGGUGUCAUCACGUGCGGCUCGGCGUGCCGGGAUGAGCCGCGAUGCCGCUCCUUUAAUCUGCGACGAGGCGGCCCCGGAGAGUUGAUUUGCCAGUUGAAUAACAUCACCCGUAACGAAGCCGACGUGAAGAACAUACGGCUAGACAACGGCUGCAAAUAUUUCAAUUUCUAAAGAAUAAAUGUCUGGCAGCCGCUUAACACAAAGUUGUGGUGAAGGUUUAACCAUUCGGUGUAUAUUUAAAUCGAAGUAGGUGAAGGUAACCAUUUUUUUGUACGUAAACAUCAAGCAAGUGGGUCUCGAACAAAAGAUGUAGCGCGUCCUAAUCUGACUCGAGUAAAAGACAACACUUUGAUUCCCUGAAUGAAGCGGGUCCAUGGGCAGAUCUAGAGAUCAGACUGUAGCGGGAGGAUCUAAAUACUUCUAGCCAGUAGCUAGAUAGACUCUAAACAGUCCCUGGUCAGAUUGACCCGGAAUCCUAGCUCUAUUAUGCCUUAUAUUUUUCAACGUCAAUUUCACACUUUUUCUGUGUCAAAAUGACACAAACGUUUCGCUCAUGGCUAUGACAGGUUACUAGUCAAUUUAUUUUGUAGUUUAAGGUAAUUGUAAAAAGUUUUCGGCACGCACUUGAUUUUUCGCAGUAGUUUAGAUGUGGCAGUGAAUCACCAUUUGAAGUUGGCACAUUAUGUAUGUACAAUAAUAUUAAUAAUAUAAUUAUAAUAAGCGAACAAGAACAGUGCAAGC